UCUUAUUCUUUUACAACACGAUCGAUCGGACUAUAUAAACGAACUCGAUUUCGACUUUAACCAUCAAUCGAUCCUCGACUCUACACGAGCUUUCGAAGUUAUCAAUCAACCUGAACUAUUAUUUUCACACUGACAAUCAACAUGAAGUGCUUCGCCGCUAUCGUUCUGCUAGCCAUGAUCGCAACAAUGGCCUUAGCCGAUACGAAACCUGCCGAUGCGGAGUCGAUCGAGCCAUCUAAUGCAGCGAACCCAAUAGAAACUGAAAGUGCAAGGAACAAACGAGGAUUAUUGGUUGGCGCUGCGUACACUGCACCGAUUGCAUAUACUGCUCCAGUGACGUAUACAUCAGCAGCGUAUGCCUAUCCCUACGCAUACAGACCUGCAUAUACUGCCUACCCCUAUUAUGCAGCUGCUGCAUACAGCGCACCCUACAUCGUGGCCUAGAUAAUGACGACCUACGACGAGCUUUUACCUGACACCAGAACCGAAUACAGUCGUUAACGUUCUGCUACUCUUAAAGGUCUUUUCUUUUUUUCUUUGUUUUCUUGUUUGUUUGUUUUUCUUUCUUUCUUGAUCUUUUUUCUUUUUAAUUGUUCUUUUUCCAUCCACUUUCAUAGAUAAAGCAAAAUAAAUUCGUACACUCGCGAUGUCAAAGGAAAUCUAUUUGAAAUCUAUGUAUAUAUAUACACACACACACAUAUAAGAACAUAAAUAUAUAUAUAUAUAUAUGUGUGUGUAUCUGUGUGUAUGUGUAUAUAUAUAUAUAAAAAGAAAAAAAAAAAUCGCACGUACGAUAC